UUUUUUUUAAUUUGCUUGUUUAAAUUCAGUCGGACCAUAGAAGAAUGAUUAGUUUGGAUCACGUCGUAAGUAAUAAACUGCAGCAAUGGAAUUGAGAUUGAAAGAUUUGUCAAUUGGAGAUCAUCUGAUGAACGAAUAUGCCUUGGCUCACCCUGUCUCGUGCGUGACAUGCAACGGAUACUAUGGUCCCAAUUACGGCCAACCUCUCUGCACCACCUGCCAUUUGUUCCUAUAUCCACAAUUCAAUCUUGCCACUGAAGUUCAUACGAGUGAAAAAUCAGACUCAUAUGAUUCUGGGAACGAGGAGCCAACAACGGAAUCUGAUUUCUACCCAGCGCAAUGGGAUUCAACAUCUGUGAUAUUUUCGACCAAUUACAACGGUAACAGCAGCAACAAUAACUUGCACAAUUCUAACCAAUUAGAAGAAAGGUUGCACAACUUAUCAAAUGCACGUAACUUUUCACUUGAAACUACGCCACCUGGUCUUGUCGACUCCUUACCAACUGAAGUUUUGUUUGAAGUGUUUGCUUAUUUGGAUGACAUAGCUCUGUGGAAUGCCCGAAGCGUCUGCAAAAGAUGGCAGGAAAUUAUUGAUGAUGAUGUCACAGAAGAGAAGUGGAUGAACAUGGUGCACAGGAGAUGGCCAUUGUUCAAAGCAAAACAUAAAAUUAAUAGCUGGAAGAACGUUUAUUCGAAGCUAUUUCAAGGGACCACCUGCUUAUACUGCUUAGAUGGCCAUAUUCCCAAGUCAUUGCCAACUCCAUCUGGUCUGUCAUUUCGUUACUCUCGCCUGGUACAGGAGAGAAAAAAUCUUCGUGCGGAUCCUUUGGAUGGCAUUGACGUUCAACCUCUUGACCACCUUUACUUCAACUGGCAGGCUUCAAUUGCGGGUCCUCGUGGAAGUCCCUAUGAGGGGGGCAUUUUUUUCCUGCACCUUCAAAUACCACCCAGCUAUCCGUUGAAGCCCCCUUACGUUCACUUUUUAACAAAAAUAUUUCACCCCAAUAUAAGUUGUCAUGGUGACGUGGGGUUGGACUCACUCCACGACAACUGGAGCUUAGCAUUAACAAUCGUAAAGGUCUUAAUCAGUAUUCAAUCACUUCUCACUGAUCCAUAUUCUUUCGUUUGCAUGGAGCCGAAAAUUGGAAAGUUGUACAGACAAGAUUUUUUAACUUUUGAUAAAAUUGCCAGGUUGUGGACUAGAAAAUAUGCCACCUAUUAAGUUUUAGAGUGUGCAUAGUCGUGUUUUUGUAAUUGUUUUGUGUGUGUGUGUGUGCUGCGCGUUGCAUGUUUAUCGGUUCCUGCUUUUCGGUGAUUUAUAAUUUCCUAUUUUCGUGUAUAUGAUAUGAAAUUAUCUUAAAAUAGUUUGCUAUCUAAAGUAACGAAUGAUGAAUAUUAUUUUUGCUAGUCACAAUAUUUUUGCAUUGAAUUGAUGAAUUGUCUGAUUGAUGAUUGAUUUUGCCGCCGUUGCUUGUAAAUUAUUUUGGUCGAUAAAUUUAUUUCAAAUUUUUUGUGUAUUUUAUAUAUAAUUUUAUGGAAUACUUUAUUUUAACAAAAGACUAACAACGUCUGAUACGUUUUUUUAUUGAAACUUCUAAACCACUUGAUGUACAAGUUCAACUUUUGUAAAAUUUUCUAAUAAAUCGUGAAUAUAUCCAUUCAAAUAUCCUGGCGGUGGUCCGUGCACGGCUUGCAUUGUUUCAUCUCGGAAUAUUACACUUUUUAUAAGGGAUUUGAUACCUUUUAACCUAACUAUAAUACUGUUGAAAUCGUUAAUGUGGGCUCCAAUGGCGAUCGAAUCUUUAUCUUCUAUAAUUAAGCCCACGGGAAACAUGAAACCUUCGUCAAUAAAUCGUUUUCGUAUCAUUGGAGACAUCUUGAAAAGUUUCUUGUGCAAUAGUAUUGGGUCACUAACGUAGACAACUCGGUACGGGUUGACUCUGAUGAUGACGAUUUGUGCUGUGUAAAAGCGGUGAUUAUUUUUAUCUUUGUACAUGGUUGUGUGGGAUAUGCUUGCGUAGUAUGGAUAUUCGUACAAAACGAAUGGCGUGCCUCCUCGAAGAUGCGAAUGAGCGUCACUGAAUAUGAAACCACUUGGCCCACUUUCCCUGUGUACGAACCUGCAGUGGCCAUCUAAAUCGCAUUUUAAAACGCGCAGUGGGUCCAAAUUGUGAACGAAAAAAAGUUCAUCGUCGAUCACCAGCGCCAUCCAGUGUUUGUCGCGUGGCAUGUCGUUUUUUUCAGUUGCAUUUAUCAUUGGAGAACCUCCAAGUAUCUCCGGAACUAUCGGUAAAUUUUUUUCUAAAUCCCACAAAACUGUGUAGUCCAUCGUGUUAUCCUGUCCGAAAGCCAUUGCGGUGUUGAAGGAGAUGAACAGUCUGUUCUUACAUUUAAACAAACGGGGUUCAAUGGGCCCGUCACCUACCCACCAUUGUUUGGGAGUGGGUAUUCCUAAUAUUGUUCCAUUGGAAACCGGACGCAUCUUCGAAUCAAACCUCUGUGAGAACAACCAGUUGUCUGCAAACUGAUUGGCUGGCCAAUUUUUCUUGUCUUCAUACUUUUCUCUAUCUAGCCAAAUUCUUGAAACUAACACUAUUUCGUUGUUGUGCCAUAGUAUAGCGGGACUGUUGGCAUAAUAGAUGUUGCCUCGAGCUGGAUCGAGGAACCUUCUGGAUGCUUCGUAUUCCAGUUGUGGAGAAAACGAGUGAAUCAAACAUGAUGUAACUUUGUGUUUGUGUUGUUCAUAUUUUCCUCGCUCAUUGAACAUCGAUCCACCAAUAUCAAACGUUCGACAAAACCUUUCUUUCAAAUUUAUCUUUUUAAAUUUUUCAUUUUUGUGAAUCUUUGAUAUGAGAUGACUUUUUGUACCUUUAAACAACCGAUCACGAUCUCGGUUGUGAUGAAUUAAAACUAAGUGAUUUUUAUUGUGUAAAUAAAAUAUUUUUAAAAUUAAGUAAAAAAAGAAUAACAGAAAACAAAAAACAAGAACUUUCGUAACAUAUUUUGAACGAAAUUUAACCAUUUUAAUUAAUUCCAAUGUUAGA